AUAUAUCAGGCCAUCAGAAGGAUUUGUAUAAAGAGUGACUCUCCUAUGAAGGUAAAGGCCACCCCCCUUCAGUUCCAGUGACUGAGAUACAUUUUUCCAAUCCCGGGGGCAAAUACAGACACAGCAAGUUCCUUCUUCCCUUUGGAAAUUUGGCAGAAAUCCUCACUGGACGGCUUCCUGUUUCCUGUGGUUCAUUAUCUGAUUGGCUGCAGGGAUGAAAGUUUUUAAGCUCAUAGGAGUGAUGAUCCUCCUCACCUCUGCGUUUUCAGCCUGUUCAGGGCAAAGUCCAAUGACUGUGCUGUGCUCCAUAGACUGGUUCAUGGUCACAGUGCACCCCUUCAUGCUAAACAACGAUGUGUGUGUACACUUUCAUGAGCUACACUUGGGCCUGGGUUGUCCCCCAAACCAUGUUGAGCCACACGCCUACCAGUUCACCUACCGUGUUACUGAAUGUGGCAUCAGGGUCAAAGCUGUCUCUCAGGACAUGGUUAUCUACAGCACUGAAAUACACUACUCUUCUAAGGGCACGCCAUCUAAGUUUGUGAUCCCAGUGUCAUGUGCUGCACCCCUAAAGUCCCCAUGGCUCACCAAGCCCUGCUCCAUGAGAGUAGCCAGCCAGAGCAGGGCCAUAGCCCAGAAGGAUGAGAAAUGCUACGAGGUGUUCAGCUUGUCACAGUCCAGCCAAAGGCCCAACUGCGACUGUCCACCUUGUGUCUUCAAUGAAGAAGAGCAUACCCAGGUCCCUUGUCACCAAGCAGGGGCUCAGGAGGCCCAACCUCUGCAGCCAUCUCACUUUCUCGAUAUUUCUGAGGAUUGGUCUCUUCACGCAGAUGAUAUGAUUGGGUCCAUGUGAUCCUCAGGUUUGGGGUCUCCUGAAGAUGCUAUUUCUAGAAUUAGUAUAUAGUGUACAAAUAUCUGACAAAUAAGUGCUCUUGUGGCCCUCAUGUGAGCACUUUUGAGAAAGAGCAACCUAUAGCAACUUCAUGAAUUAAGCCUUUUUCUAUAUUUUUAUAUUCAUGUGUAAACAAAAAUAAAAUUCUGAUC